UGGUGUGUGAGUGCUGGAAGGCCAGUACUUCAAUUCUGUCACUCUCAAACUCCUGUUCUAUCAACACUGCUCUUCCCUCUGAUUCUCCAAACCCUCCGCUGUGGCUCCGCUUGGCUAUCUACCAGUAAAUGUUGCCUUUUUCGGACUGCUCAUAAUAUUAUCUUCCUCACCUCAACCCUCCUCGUUCUCAUCUUCCUCCUGGCAGAAACUAGUUACAGCAUGGAGAAUAAUCACACCUUCCUGUACUUUGCAUAUGGAAGUAACCUGCUGAAGGAGCGUCUCCAACUCAAGAACCCCUCUGCAACAGUACACUGCGUGGCCAGACUCAAGGACUAUAAAUUGGUGUUUGGGAACCAUAAAGGCCUUGCCAGUGACCGGUGGCAUGGAGGUGUAGCCACCAUAGAGCAUAGUCCAGGGGACGAGGUGUGGGGUGUGGUGUGGAGGAUGAAUAUGUCUGAUCUUGAGUCUCUAGACAGUCAAGAGAAUGUGACGUUAGGUGCAUAUAGUCCCGUGGAACUAUCAGUGAAGACUAAAGGCCAGGAACUAAACUGUCGUACCUACAUAAUGAACAGCUGCGUGUAUGCCCCCCCAUCACCACAAUACCUACAGGUGAUUGUGAUGGGAGCAGAGCAGAAUGGCUUGCCAAAGGACUACCAGGAGAAGCUGCGAGCAAUUAAGACCAACAUGUAUGAGGGUCCUCUGCCCAUGAUGGCUGAACUGGAGCGAGCCAGAAGAAGAGCCACAGAGAAGGCCAACCACUGUUCUGAUGCAUGAUAACCCAACAGAUGCCAGUAUAUUUAUAGAAAAGCCCUCACACCAUUGUAAUCAAUUUAAUAUUGUAACUUAAUAAGUCUACCUUAGCUAGCUGCUUCAUGCCUAACUCGGCUAACCUUAAUUCCAGCUGCCUGCAUUGUCAUUGUAUAGUUUUCACAGUAUAGAGGUGUUAGAUCAACCCAAAAUGUUGAGUGAAUACCUAUUACCAGUAGUAAUAAUACUUGUAAUAAUUACUUUUUUAUUUUCUUUUUGACUUCACAUCAUGCUUUUAAACAUUUAUGGCUGAGAUAUAUUUCAAUGCUUAUUUCUUGCUCGUAACACCACUUUGAGGCUCCUACAGAUAAAACAUCUAAAGAGCCACACUGACAUUUUCCCCACUGACUACAAGAAGCACAAAUUAUCCUCCCUUUGUGGCAUAGCACUACAGUUACAUUAUAAGUGCAGAAUGAUUUGUAACUUCUGCUUCACAUUGGCAAUCUACAAUAAUCAGAAAUAAUAUCAGGCAUAAUGAUUACCUAAGUAAAGUAAGUUUGUCACUGAAGGAUUGUUUUCAUAAAUUUUACUAAUAUGAAAAUCAGCAUAAAAAAGCAGUGACCUUGGAGGUUAAAUUAUAAACUGUAAUGUGUUAUGAAUGAAAUUUUUAAGACACAAAUGUAUUUCUUUAAUGUUCUAUAAAAUGCAAUAUUUGUGAUACUCAUUUUUUAAAAAAUAUACAUUAAAGCGGUUUAUGUCAACCCAGAAACAGCUUCUAUUUUAUCAUUUCACUCAACUAAAGAAAAUGACAGAAAGGGAAAUUCCUGCUCUGGACUUGAAUGAAUGCACUCUCUGUCAUGAAUCUGUACUUUGUCACAAACUGCUCUUUAACAUUUCUCACGCUGAAAUACUUAAACUAUAUUACUUAAAAACUUCCUGUCUGGACAUUUUUAAAAAGUAUAUUUGGGUAUUUACUUCCUCUACAAAUAAUUAGAGAUGCAGUAAUGUGACAUGAGAGGUGGAUGAAAGCUACUUUUUG